UGCCAGGUCUGCUGGUAUAGAUCGACAUCAUUUGCCAAGAUAUGUUGGCGUUGAGUUUCGUCUUUAGUUUUAGUUAAAUCUUUGCCAUAAUUCGUUGGCGUAAAGAUAUUUUUGCCAAGAUUCGUUGGCUUUGAGUUUAUUAUGAUGUGUUUAUGUAUUAUGUAUUUAUGUAUUAAGUUUUAGACACCUCUGCAGUAGGUGUUACGCUUCCGAGGUAUGCUCGGAAUGUAGUCGAUCAUUUCUUUCCCUCGAACUCCUUGUGGCGUGGUUUUGAAAUUUUCAUGGAUUUCUAUCAUAAUCCAUGAAAAUUUCUACCAAAGCAGCAAUGUUGUGUUACAGUUGAAUUUUAGAGCUUUUGUUAUGGUGUGAUUUGAGCAAAAAUAGAGUUAGAAAACCCAACCCUAAUCAAAAACAAAUCAACUUGUUCGACCAGAUUUGGCCCACUGUAUCGAACUUUAAAAAGAAAAACCCGACAGCCCACAGUCCACGAAAAACGGAAAAAAAAGAAAAAUAACUGUCAUCGGAUAUUUCCGGACAUCGGUCGAGGCUGCGACAAGACGAAGUUCAAAAAGUGUGGCGGAUUUCCCGCGAAAAGCCCCAGCGAAGCAAAAUUUUCCUGUCCCCUGUUUCAAUCAACGUGUCUGGACAGACAUUUCGACGAGCUGACGAGCUGAGCCGAUUGGCAAUCAUGGCUGGCGAAACCGAUGAGGAGGUUGAGCGACGACGGGGGAGCGCCGAGCAAAAUCAUACCGAGCAGUACGGCAUCGUCGAUCCGGAUCGCAUCAUCAAGAAUCCGCUGCAAUUCCAGUGGACGCUCUGGUAUCAGGAACCGGAUAAGAACAAGUCGUGGGGAGACAAUCUGAACGAGGUGGCCACCGUCGGUGUCGUUGAGGACUUCUGGAGAUUAUACAACCACAUCAAGAGCCCGUCGGACCUGAAGACCGAGUGCGAUUGUUCGCUGUUCGAGCAGGGCAUCCGCCCCAUGUGGGACGACGAGAAGAAUUUCCGCGGCGGCCGGUGGGUGAUCAACGUGCCCCGGCAGCAGCACCACGAAUUGGACAAAUAUUGGCUGGAUACGAUAUUGUGUCGGAUUGGCGAGGUUUUCGAUAAUCCUGAAGAAAUUUGCGGUGCCGUCGUGAACAUUCGACAGAAGACGGAUGAAAUUGCGAUUUGGACCUCCACCGUCAUGAACCGGGACGCGCCGAUGCCGGAGAAGCCGUAAGUCGAUUUUUUUUCCACGUCCGAACCAUCAUUGUGAUGAAGGAGAUUGGGUGGGUGAAAUAAAAGUGGCCAUUAGAAAAUUUUAAAUUA